AGCAUGGACAGGCAAGUUGCUAUCAAGCAAGCAGUAAAUCAGAUCGACAACUUCGAGCAAGGAGCGCAGCGAGCUGGAGGUGUCAAGGUCAUGGGAGCAGCAGCUGCUGCCGGAGGAGUGGUGGGAGCGGUGACAAUGGGUGGAGUCAUUGCGCCUGUUGCCCUUGCAGCUGGCGCAGCGUAUGCCACGUCCAAGGACGACAAGAUCGGCGACUUUGCAAGAGCGGCAGGACACUCGACAAUCGGGGCCUACAAGAAGGCGAGCGAGUACAACGAGAAGCAUCAGGUGACCGACAAAGUCAAACGAGCUGCGGUCGGAGCGUACCAGAAGGCGGUUGAGAUCGAUGACAAGUACAAGGUAGUUGACAAGACCAAGGCAGCGGCUUCAGGGACUAUUGCCGCCGCCAACAAGUUCAAUGAGAAGCAUCAGAUCACGAGCAAGCUCUCCAAGGCGUUUGUGAGCGGGUUGAGCACAAUAGCCGACAAGUUGGACCCUCCUUCCAAGGACGAAGAAAAAGACCAGAAAUCAUGAUACCACCUUCAACCGCCGCCUCCCUCUUUCCCCUCCCUCUCUUUCCACCCUACGCCUCUCCCUCUCCCUCCCUCCCACACACACAGAUGAAUGAAGGAUAAACGGCAUGAAAACU